UAACAGCGUUGUGCUGCUGGUUGUCUCUUCUUCAGCGUUUCAGUGAUUUCAGUGGUUGAGUCUGCUCGCCUGUCUGUUAUGCGGUGAAUAAUCGAGGAGAGAGGGAACAUACUCGCAUACUUACGUUAAGCUUGACGUCAACUUUAAUAGACCUCAGUGGACACAUGGCUUUUUGUGAGCACGCCAAAAAGCACGCGUUAAGAUCCUCUCCACUGUUAUGGAAAUCAGCUUCGGGAACAGCAGAACUCUCUUAGCCUUUCUUUCUGUUUCCUUCAAGCAUACGCGCGUGCCUUCCCUCAUAUUGGCGGGCAAACGUACUUAAACUGGAUAUAUAACAUUUACACUUUAUAUACUUUUCAGACGCCACGGACCCUUGAAUAAAGGGUCCAACUGAAACCUCAUAAAGAUGUAUCGUGCUUUUUGGGAUGCGAUAUUCCUCCUAAUUGGCUCUUUGUUUACAUAUGGACAGGUGCAAGAAAAUUCUACUUCAACAACAGCUACAGCAACUACAACCCCAACUACCACCACCACCACCACUACAGCAACUGCUAUCAGCUCCACAACUGCAACAAGUACAACUAAAGUUGUCAGAAAGUUUAUAGCAGCAGCAGUCCACUCACACUUUGAUGACUGCCCUGACUCUCAUAGUCAGUUCUGCUUCCAUGGCACAUGCCGCUUUCUCAUCGUGGAGGAAACGCCUGCGUGUGUGUGCCACCCAGGCUUCAUGGGGAUGCGCUGUGAACAUGCAGAUCUCUUGGCUGUGGUGGCGACCAACCAUAGGCAUCAGACAGUGGCAACCAUGUUGGUGCUGUGCAUAGUGGGUAGUGUCCUGCUCAUGCUGCUUUGCACUCUGUUAAACAGUUGUUGGUGGAGGCGGAGAGGGUGUAGGCGAGGUCACGGCCUUUGCUGUUGGUCAGAGAAACCAAGUAGCAUUAUAAAGGGUGGGACGUCCUGCUGCCACUCCGAGACAGUGGUUUGAUACGUGUCCUCGGUUUUACUCUUGGUGUGGCUGUUCUCUACGUUUUGUCACCUGAGACCCCCGCCCCUGGACUAUUAUACCUGGAGUUAACCUCAUCUCGGCUCCUCAAGUUACAGACUCACAGAGCCGGUCAGAGAUGAAUCCAUAGGAAAGAUCAAACCAGCAGAUGUGAAUUUCAGAAUAUUGGUACUCAGAAGGACUGAACGAUUCCAUCCGGUUUUUCUUUCUUGCGGAUCAUAAAACUGAAAAGAUGGAAGAGGUUUUCUUGAAAUUUGAAACGUGGAACACAAUACCUUGGAUUUUUGUACUGGUCUUAUGGUCCAGAUGAAGGUGGAUAAAACAAAUCACUGAGUGGAGAUUCAGAGUCAGGCUCUUGUGGGGAAAAGGACCUAGUGGAGGAGAAAUGGACCAGUGCCAAAGGGCUUGUACGAUGGAUGUAAACAGUAAGAUGGAAAUCAUAAGCUUUCAUGAAAAUAUUCCUAAAAAAUACGUGUUAUUAUUUCUGGUGCUUGAACAUUCUCCCAAGAUGGCUAGAAUGGUGUUCUUUCAGACAAAUCAGUUGAUUUUGUCUUUUAAAUCACAACUAAGAAUGGGGAAAAAAACUCAACAGCACAAUGUUUAUGGGUGAUUCAUUUAAAAAAAGUUUUAAAUUACAUUUUUAUUUAUAUCUCACAUAAUGCCACUGCUUGAAAAUUGGGAGAAAAAUUUGGAACAAUAAGCUGAACAGAAUAAAUAUGCAAGAUUGUAAGAAUAUAUAGAUCAACAUAGUGUGCAUAUAUUUAUAUAAUAUGAAGACUACAAUGCACAUUCCUUUAAAUCUUUGCCAAGUAUUUUUACCUGAUAUGCUUCUAAUGUGUUCUAUAAUAAUUAUAUGAAAUAAUGAUAAGUUAGGAGAAAAUGAAAGACUUUUGAGGGAGGACUUAAUAUACUAAUACAUAUCCAAGUCUUGGAAUCCAUAUGUAUUUUAUGUUUUCUUAUGUGGGUUUUUUGCACUUCAGGUAUUAUUCUGAUUCCAUUUUAUGAUGUAAGUAUACACACAGGUACAUGCACUUCAUUAAGAUUAAGUCUUUUGUCCUUUGUUUUGGUUCCUGACAGUACAGACAGCAUUGUUAUGGUUUUUGUCAACACUUUACAACUUCUAAAAUUAGAACCAACACUUGAAUUCAAGUUGUGUUCCCUCAAUAGGGCAGCAGUAUUCAUAAAAGUUAUGAUGCAGGAUUCAUGUCAGCAUUUGAAAAGUUGAGUGCUCAGCAUGUUUGGUCACAAGCUUUCACACGAUUCACUGUGCACUGCUCCUAUACAGUCCAGUGGCUAAUGACCACUUUAAAAACUACACUCUUAACUUGGUGGCAUUAGGUAGUAAAAUUUAUGCAGAAAAGAGGUUUUCUAGAAAUUAAAUAUGUUAAAACCUUAUGGACGUGUCUAGGCCGUGAGGGUUGAGGAGAGCCUGGUUUUGCUUUGAUUUAAUUUCUAAUGCAUAAUAUUUCAAACCUGAAAGAGUGCAGAUUUUAUUGCAGUAAAGUUAUCACCUUUGAAGGAGAAAAUUGCACAAGUUCUCUCGUUCACUACUAUAUAUUUUAAAUCCACACAUUCAUGCUCGAGCUCAACUAAGCACACGCAUACGAAGAGCUAUACUGUUAAUGAGGUUUGUUAUUUAUUUCAGAUAUAUUACAAAGCUUUUACACAUGGAUACACCGUUUUUAAACCUUGUUGUGCUGUCUUAUUUACCCUCAGGCAUAUUGUCAUUGCUUUGUAUGCAAAAGUACAAUAAGUAUCUGAAGUUGGACUAGCACUGGGCAAAACCGGAAAGGAACCCUUUUUUCUGAACCCAGAAGCCUCUAAGUUACUGCAUAAAGGUUAAAUUAGAAACAUGAAUUGGUACUAGCAGUACUUAUGUUUAAUCACUGCAUGCAGUUUGGUGGGAAAUCAAUUGAAUAAGACAGCAUUGAUGGGAAAGAGACCGUUUGUGCUGGAACUGAGCGCUAUAGACAAAAAAGGUUUAUACUAAUGCAGAGACAAACAUCCUAAAAUUGCCUUCAUUGUGGAAUAGAGAGAAAAUCAAGCUAAAGUUUCUAAUUAACACUGGUAAUUUAUUUAUUCCAAUCUUUCAGACAGUACUCCAUUACAGUGCAUACAUUAUAUUUACUUAUGUUAAAAUACAGGAAAAUUAAUUAGACUGGAAAGAAAGUGAAGUCAAAUGAAGGCUCUAGUGGUGGAAUGUGUUUACAUCUCUUACAAGCCUGUGUUUUGUUUUGUUUUGUGUUUUUUGUUUGUUGUGUUUUGUUUUUUUUGGGGGGUAAGAUGUCAGAUAUUCUGUAUUAUUCCUUGGAACAUAUUUGAGCAGGACAAGCAUCAUGUUGUUUAAAAAAAUGGUUACAAGAUAAAUCACCCUGAUGUAAGGGAUGGAAGGCAAUUUAUCAAGUUUUAAGUGUGAUCCAAAAUGUCACAUUCCUGAAAAGAACUUUCAAUCAUGGUGAUCCAAGUAGUCAUGCUCCUAGAUUGUCCAGAGUCUUGUACCAUACGUUCAUGAAGGUUUUUCUCCUCUUGCUCUGCUGUAACUUGUGAAACAUAUAGGUAUGUCAUGCUAUCAACUAAUUUGUCAAUAUGAAGCAUGUUUGUCUGCACCUAUUUUACUGUAUCUUCACACUGCUAUGCUGUGAAUCAACAUGUAAUUGUAUUAUAUACAUACCAGAGAAAACAGGCAUUGUGAAUAGGGCUGAGUGAAUAGGGGAAUAAUUGGGUUUUUUUUUUUUAUUAUUUAAAACUGCAUUUAUUUUCUGUAAUUGGGCUCCAGGCUUUAUUUUUUGCCAAAAAGAUCAGGUCAUCUGCUUUUUCUGACUUGAGGCAUGAACGCUGGAUGUAGUGUGCCAGACUGUUUAUGGGCUUGGCGUUAUUAUUGUUUAUUAAGACAACUUUGAAUAAUGUAGGAUGGAAGUAAAAUUGCAGCCCUCACGGUUUGAAAAUUGUACUCUUUCAUUUUUUUAUUUAAAUUGAUUAAUCAUUCAGCCCUAAUUGUUAAUAGUGUACAGCAGUAUCACUUGGAGUGUGACUGGAGAAAUGAAAUGUGCUUGUGAUCUUCACUGGUUGCAUGAUCAUCAGAGGUAAAUGAAUCUGUC